AUGUCGUCGCUCCCCUACAAUGGAACAGAGGGCAAGGCCGACGAUGGCUAUUCUUCUGGCAUCCAUGACCUGAAUGUCUUCUACGACACCGGGCACCUGACCUUCAUCGUCAUCUCCGCUGUCCUGGUUCUUCUCAUGAUUCCCGGCGUCGGCUUCUUCUACAGCGGCCUCGCCCGUCGCAAGUCUGCCCUGACGCUGAUUCUGCUGUCCAUGGCCUCGGUCGCCGUCAUCAGCUUCCAGUGGUUCUUCUGGGGCUACUCCCUGACCUUUUCUCGAACUGGAAACGCCUUCCUGGGCGACCUCACCCAGUUCGGUCUCAUGAAGACUCUGGCUCAGCCCAAUGGAUCUUCUUUCCUUCCUGAUAUCCUGCUGUGCCUUUACCAGGGCAUGUUUGCCUGCAUUACUCCUGCCCUCGCUAUUGGUGCCGUUGCUGAUCGUGGCCGUGUCCUCCCUGCCAUGGUCUUCAUGCUCCUCUGGUCUACCAUUGUCUACGACCCCAUUGCCUACUGGACCUGGAACGGUAACGGUUGGCUGUUCAACCUCCCCAGCUACGACUUUGCUGGUGGCGGUCCCGUUCACGUUGCUUCGGGAACUUGCGCCCUCGCCUACUCCCUGAUGCUCGGCAAGCGUACUGGUUACUCUCGCAACAACGGUCUCCCCUACCGUCCUCACAACGUCACCCACGUCGUGCUCGGCACCGUCUUCCUCUGGGUCGGUUGGUUCGGCUUCAACGGUGGUUCUGCUCUCGGCAUGAACAUUCGCGCCGUCAUGGCCUGCUACGUGACCAACCUUGCCGCCUCUUGCGGUGCCAUUGCCUGGACUCUUCUCGAUUACCGUCUCGAGAAGAAGUGGAGCACUAUCGGUUUCUGCUCUGGUGCCAUCUCUGGUCUCGUUGCCAUCACCCCUGCUGCUGGCUUCGUCAAGCCCUGGGCUGCUGUCAUCAUCGGUGUCUGCGGUGGUAUCUUUUGCAACUUUGCCACCAAGCUCAAGUUCGUCCUCAACAUCGAUGACGGUCUUGAUAUCUUUGCCGUCCACGGUAUCGGUGGCAUGGUUGGCAACAUCCUCACUGGUAUCUUUGGAACCAAAUCCAUCGCUAACCUCGACGGCGGCGAGUACGACCCCAUCGGUUGGGUUGAUGGCCACUGGGUCCAGCUCGGCUACCAGAUCGCCGGCACCUGCGCCGCCUUUGGCUGGUCCUUUGUCCUCUCGUGCAUCCUCCUGUUCCUCAUGAACCUCAUCCCCGGCCUCUCGCUGCGCGUCUCUGCCGAGGAGGAGGAGCUCGGUCUCGAUGACGGUCAGCUCGGCGAGUUUGCCUACGACUAUGUCGAGCUGACCCGACACAUGGCUGAUAGCACGCACCCUCACUCAGUUGCCAGUGCUCAGACUAGCCAGGAGAAGAUUCAGGGGAAUGCUUAG